AUGGAGCUCUAUAAUGAUCCUGCCAUGUCAUUAAUAAGAUCAGAAGUUACUGGGACAGUUGAAGCUGUCCAAACUUCCAAAAACAUCUUGUAUGGCAGAAAAGCUAUUGUAAUUGCUUCUGGUGCAUGGACUCGAUCCUUAUUGCAUAAUUUUCUAGAACCUACUUUGACAUUGGAUAUUCCUGUCAAGCCAAGAAAGGGUCAUCUGCUUGUGUUGGAGAAAUUUGACAAGGUUAAGCUAAAUCAUGGCCUAAUGGAGGUAGGAUAUGUAGACCACGAAGUUGCUAAGUCAAAUAGCAUACCCUUGGCUUCAGGAUCUGAUGAAGAUGAGCAUGGUGUGUCAUCUAUAUCGAUGACAGCAACGCUAGAUGCAAAGGGCAAUUUAGUUCUAGGAAGCAGCCGGGAGUUCAAAGGAUUUUCGAGGGAGGUUGAUAAGUCCAUCGUUAAGUGCAUAUGGGACCGUGCAGGGGAGUUCUUUCCUGCACUGAAGAAUGUUCCUCUUAAUAUUGAUCAGAACACACAAAUCAGAAUCGGGCACCGCCCCUAUAUGCCUGAUGGAAGGCCAGUUAUUGGCUUUGUUCCUGAUUUGCCUAAUGUUUUGAUUGCUACAGGACAUGAAGGAAGUGGUCUUACUUUGGCACUAGGCACUGCUGAAAUGGUCACGGAUAUGAUCAUUGAAAAUCCUGGAAAAGUUGACUACUCACCUUUCUCCAUCAGACAUAGAUUUUCAGGUUGA